UUAGUAUUUAAUAUAGAAGGAAUAUACUUAUUUGAAAAAUAGAUUAAAAGCCCUGUUAAUGUACAAAAGAGAAAUUGAAAUGAUAUAAAAUGGAAUUAGAAAGUAAGCAAUGAAUGAAGAGUUUGGAACAGAGGGAUAAUUGGAAUGAUAUGUUUUCUUAUAUACUUUUGUGUUUUCUUGUGUAAUUUAUAUUUUAAGGCUGUUUUGUUGAUUAGUGAUUCAGAAAAAGGUGAAUUCACUGUGAAGACUUGGAACUUGAAGGCUUGGAGCUUCAAAAGAACAUGUGCUAAUUUGCCUCCGAAUCAUUGACGCUUUUAUUAAUUUUGACUCCCUCUGUCAUGGGAAAGAAGAAUAUCAAAAGGGAAAGUGGUGAUAGCCAAUACUCUACCUCCACUGUCUUUGUUUCCAACUUGUCGUUCUCCUUUACUAACACUCAGCUUGAAGAAUCUUUCAGUGAUGUUGGCCCUAUCAGAAGGUGUUUUUUGGUAACAAAGAAAGGGACUGCUGAGCACCGAGGCAUCGGCUUUGUUCAAUUUGCAAAUGUUGAGGAUGCAGAUAGUGCUAUUGAGCAAAAAAAUGAGUCAAGAGUUGGAGGGAGAAAAAUUGGAGUCAAACAUGCAAUGCAUCGGGUCCCUCUUGAACAACGUAAAUCAAAGGGAUCUCAAGUUGAUGCAAACAAGAAGGAUCCUCAAGAGAGAGACAGGAACGAGAGUUUGCCUGAUGAAGCAGUCAAGCCUGAACUCCCAAGAAGCAGGCUCCCAAACAUGUUCAAAUAAUCCCAGAAGAAAAAGAAAAGCUUCAGUACUUUGGAAGGGCAUGCUUGAUGAAAAGAGUGGUUUAGAAAAGCAGAGGGUUGCUAGGACAGUCAUAAUUGGAGGUAUUCUUUCUGCCGAUAUGGCAGAAGAAGUUCACCGUCUCGCCAAAGGUUGUGGUACAGUGUGCUCUGUUACCUAUACUCUUCCAAAAGAAGAACUUCAAUAUAAUGUCAAUGCUUCAUCAGUGCUGUAUACUCGUGAAAUCUGCUCAAACUUCUGUAGCAACCUUACACCAAAGAGAGGUACAAGGGAGGACUAUUUGGGUGCGCCAACUUGGUGGAGAGGGUUCCAAGACUAAUAAAUGGAAACUCAUAGUUAGGAAUAUUCCUUUUCAGACCAAAGUGAGUGAGCUAAAGACCAUGUUUUCAACUGCUGGCUUUGUAUGGGAUGUCAAUAUUCCCCUUAAUGGAGAGACAGGUUUAUCCUUUGCCUUUGUUAAAUUUACGUCCAAGCAAGAUGCAGAAAAGGCUAUUAUGACUUUCAAUGGAAAGACUUUUGGUGGAAGACCUAUUGCUAUUGAUUGGGCUGUACCCAAAAAGGUUUAUGUUGCUGAUAGUCAACCUGCUGCAACCUUAGAGGAUGGCAAAAUUGAAGGACAAAAUGAAAGUGAUGAAGGCGAUAACAUUAGUGUUUAUUUGAAGGUUAGGAAAUAGAUAUUGAUGCCAAGUCCCAACAAGAUCUUAGUAAUGAGAUUGAAGAAGAGGAAGAAGAAGAAGUUGAUGGAGAAGGAGAAGACACACAGCCACAAGUAAAUAUUGAUAUGGAAGCAGAUGUUGCGAGGAAAGUUCUUGAAAAUUUAAUGUCAUCCACUUCGAAAGGGAUGGCAGCUGCUUCUGCGGAUGAUGAUUCUUCCAGCUUGCUUGAUGGAGAAAAGAGUGAAGUUAUUAUUCCAGAAAGCUGUAGUAAAGAGAAAAAUACCAUGUGGACUGAAGGAGUAGAAGAUCUGAACCGGACGAUUUUUAUAAACAAUCUUCCUUUCGAUGUUGAUAACGAAGAAAUAAAACAGCGUUUUUCUGCAUUUGGUGAAGUGGAGUCCUUCGUUCAAGUUCUUCACCAAGUCACCAAGCGACCAAGGGGUACCAGAUUUCUCAAAUUUAAAACAGUUGAUGCUGCUGAAGCUUCUCUUUCAGCUGCCAACUCAUCUAGUUUGGGUAUACCACUGAAGGGUAGGCAAUUGAAGGUUUUCAAGGCUGUGGACAAAAAAACAGCUCAGGAUAAGGAGUUAGAGAAAACAAAAAAGGAGGAACAUGACCACCGUAACCUUUAUCUUGCCAAGGAAGGACUUGUUUUGGAAGGAACCCCAGCUGCUGAAGGUGUUUCAGCAGGUGAUAUCUCCAAGCGCAAGAUAUUGCAUGAAAAGAAGAUGAUCAAACUUAAGUCACCAAACUUCCAUGUAUCAAGGACUCGACUAAUUAUAUACAAUCUUCCAAAAUCAAUGACUGAUAAAGAGCUUAAGAAACUUUGCUUAGAUGUAGUUACUCCUCGAGCUACUAAGCAAAAGCCCAUGAUCAGGCAGAUAAAGUUUUUGGAGGAUAUUAAAAGGGGUAAACUGGUAGUCAAGAAUCACUCUUGUGGAGUUCACUGAGCACCAACAUGCACUUGUGGCUCUCAGAGUUCUUAAUAAUAAUCCUGGGACUUUCGGACCAGAACACCGUCCAAUUGUAGAGUUUUCUAUUGAUAACGUCCAUACACUGUUGCGCCAUAAAGAGAGGAAUCAAGUUCAGUCAACUGGGUUUCAUCACAAGAUGGAAAAAAUUAAAGUUGACCCAAAUGGCUCUAAACAUAAGACAGAAAAUUCACGAGAAAGUGAAAAGUCAAGAAAGCGCAAAUCCAAUGGUGAGAAAGAAGCAAACACUGAACCAGCCAGAACAGCAAAGAAGCAAAAGCAAAAGAAAGUGUCGGGUUCAAAGGAGGAGAAGCUUAAAGAGAACAAUGUAAAAGGAAAGUUCAACCAAUGAAGACUGCCCGCACUAAUAAGUCUAUACAUGGGUUUAAUGCACCAAACCCCCCUGUGAUUUUGAAAUUCGGCGCAUUAGCCCCCUGUGAUUUAAAAAAUGCAUCAAACCCCCUUGUGUUUUAAUUAAUCAUGCGCCAAAUCCCUUAUGUGAACAAAUUCAAUUGUCAAAUAAAAGAAAAAUGAUUAACAUUUUUGUAUGAUUCAGAAAUUUUGACAUAUUUAUUUGCAUAUUCAAUCAAAAUAUUAGGAAAAGUGAUUUUCAAAUCGUUAAAUUUAUUCAUAAAGGGGGUUCUGUGCAUGAUUAAUUAAAACACAAGGGGGUUUGAUGCAUUUUUUAAAUCACAGGGGGCUAAUGCGCCGAAUUUCCAAAUCACAGGGGGGUUUGGUGCAUUAAACCCGUCUAUACAUAUUGAAGGCGGGUUUCAUAGAUCAAAGGGCAGACUGAAUGAUGAGACUCUUCUGGAGAAACAAAGCAACAUCUCGGGGGAGGAAAAAAACGUAAAAAGAAUGCAGACCCAGUGGGACAGGAUGUGAUGUACAAGCUUGACGUGUUCAUUGAUCAAUACAAAUCCAAGUUCACAAAGGGUAAUUUCCACCAGAAGAGUGACAACAAAAAGCAGCUGAAGAGAUGGUUCCAAUUAUAACCCUUUUCAUCCAAGUUGCCUUUUGACAAAUAGAACUAAAAGUUAUGUUGUGCAAUUCUGUCAAAAGAUGCAGUUUUCCCUUCGUUUAUCAUUCAAGUUUGCACUCAAUAGUUAACACUGUAUGUUGUAAACCGGGCCGUUCUCUACUAUUCUACUUCUCUGUUCUUUUUGUAUAUUUUUACUUGGGAAAAGAUUGGUUAUGGCAUUCCGAUUACCAAAAAACAAUACACGUAGCAUGACUAGC